GAAAACUGAAACUAACCGAAUAAGUGGAUAACGUGGGAGCUAAAAAUAACUGUUGGUGGGAAAACUGAAUUACCUAACUAAAAAUAUGGAGAAUUUUUCUUCGAUAUAUUUCUUCUUCAUCAUCUAUUUCCAUUUCAAAUUCCAAUCUCAAUUCUAGAUCUUGACUUAACUAAAAGAAAAUGGUCUCUCGUGUUUCUAUUUUUAGACCAUCUUUUAUAUAUCCAUUUACAACAUCUCUGUUUGAUAAAAACCUUAGAUUGUCAAACCAAUCUCAAAAGAGAUUGCUGCUGCUGGGUUGCUCUUCAGGAAGUCAAUAUGGAAACAAGUUCUCUGUCAGUGAUUUAAGAGCUUGGGAGUGGUGUGAAAAGCAAUUCGAAUAUGAUCGCCAGUUUGCAAAAUACAAAAGGCCCACUAAAUCUAUGAAAAGGGGCACAGCUCGUCAUAAAAAACUAGAAGAAGAGGUUUCUAAAAAAGUCGUGGUUCGUAAACUAUCAGCUGAAGACGCUUGGGCUGCCAAAUUCAUGAAUUUCCUCAUAUGCGCAAACCAACUGUCAUUGGAAGGGUUAACUCGUGAAUUACCAUUAGUUUCCCUUGUGAACGGUAAAUGGUUUGUUGGAGUAGUGGAUGAACUCCGUAUGCCUAUAGUGGGAAUGGUUCAAAACCCUUCUCUAGUAGACACCAAAACUCGUAAUCAAGCUACACUUCCUUCUGAACCACAAAAAAGAAAUUCAAGGCUACAACUAAUGUGUUACAAAUACUUAUGGGAUACAACAAUUAGUACUAACUUUCCUAUAGAUGAGUUCUUUAACUCCCUCGGCUUGGAUCCUCAAUAUAAUUUACCUAAAGAAAUUCAACAUCGUGCUACCAACCUGGGUUUUCAUGCCAAGACCCUUGGAGAUCUAGUGAUGUUUUUUCAAAGUACAUGUAGUACGUUGCCUCCUUCUGAGGAUGAGCUCCUGUUGAGAUAUGAAUAUCAAGUAGAUAACUCCUUGUUGGGUGAAGAGACUUUCGCCUACGAUUCUGAUUCAUUCCAGAGUCUGAUGAAGAACUUUCUUGAGUUUGUUGGAGGACAACGUGAUGCCAGUUAUGUUUCAAAGAAUGAAAAUUGGAAAUGUAGGAUAUGUUCUUAUGCUUCUGUCUGUCCUUCAAAUACCAAAACCCACAACAUCAGACACCAGUAGUACAACACAAAUCGUUACUCUAUAAACAACAUCGUUGGUUCUUAUUCAUCCGGUUUCUACAGCCAGAUUUACAUAGAAUGUGAAAUGUACAGUGCACAGAAGAACUGAUUACAUUAGUCCUCAACAGAACCUGGCGCACACUCAAAACCAUAGGGGUGCGAGAAUUAAUUGUUUUGUAAAUGUAACCUGUUAAUCUGUUAUACCUGGAACUGUACCUUUGGAUAACUUACAUUGUUGUGUUGUUGUACAAUAGUUGUUCAGUUCCUUACCAUCACCAUUCUUCUGUAUAUGUAACUUGUUAAUUCUUAUAGUGUAAGAUUUUACCGGAAGUUUGAGUCAAA